GAACAGACUAGGCUGAUAGUGUUGCACAAAUUUAUGUAUGUGCGCUGGCAACAAAUACACGAAUACAAACUGAUAUUUGUGUGGACAGCACCAACGUAUGUUCUUAAGAGAAUGGAAUAUAAAAUAGUGCCUAUACUAUAGAAAUCGAAGGAAAUUUUACAAUGAUGAUUAACUUAUAUACAACUUGGAAUUAUAAGAAUCGAAUUAUUAACAUGAUAUAUUAUUAUUCAUGAUUCGUAUUACUAUUCAAGCACAAACAGGAAUUGAUACCAUUAUUCCUAUUAUCCAAUUAGCUCGAGAGACUUUAGUAUAGUCUCAUUUAAUUAAAUUGGAAUAUUAAGAAAGAGAAUUACUAGUAAAUAAUGCCCAAACAAGUUCAUUGUGAUACAGCAACAAGUUCUAUGAAUAAAUCAUCUGUAUUUAAUCUACCCCAUAAGAAAUGGAAUGUCCUUCGAACCGGUGUGAUGUGGGCACAACGUUUAAAAUCAGUGAAGUCUACAAAAGGAGAUAGUGAUUACGCUCAAUUAAAUAAUAAUGAUGGUCAUGCUAGCCAAACCAAUAAGGAAUAUUGCACAAGUGGAAUUUUUACUAGUCAAAAUUGUACUGAUGAGGUGAAUGAUAAUAGUGAUAAUAAGAAUAAUAUAAAUUCAACUGGUCAUUCACCGAAACGUACUGUUUCAAAUAUAACAAAAUUGAACGAGAAAGAUUACGAUUACAUUGACAGGCUUCAAAAACGUGGUGUAAUCAAACAUUCUUCAUCAACCAAACAACUGAAAAGAUCAUUUCCAUCAUCUACGAGCGUAAAUACUUUAAUCGGUAAAACAAACAGUUUCGCAGUUGCAAGUGAUGUACCAAAGAGUCCAAUGCUAUGCCCAUUCAAACUGCAAUCAUUAUUAUACGAAAGUAAUAAAGACUCGAAAGAAGUACGCUUUAUCUGUGCUACAAAUAAUGGUUUAGAUGAGAAUUCGCAAAUUAAUAACAGUGAUAACUGCAGUAAUAUUGAUACUACUUAUAAUCAGCAAGUAGUUAAUGUGAUUUCUAGAAAAAGUAGUUGUCAAACUGAUAGUACUUCUAAAGAUCAGUAUGCUCAUGAUUCGUCUGAAAAACCAGUUUUCAGUGGAGCAUGGCCAAUUAAUCCUUAUUCACCUUUACCAUCCCCGGAUAUUUAUCCAUUGGAUAUUGAAUAUAAUGAAAACCAUUUCAGUCUUGACACACAAAUAACAAGCUGUAACAAGCAUUUACAAAGACAUGAAAGUUGGCAAAGCCUGGAACUAGAUACAGUUCCAUCAUCUUCUGGAACUGGUGAAUCAGAUCCGAUGCCAACAAAACCAGUAUCAACAAGUGAACAGACUACAGGAUCAGCAACAUGCACUAAUCAAGGUGGACAAUAUAAUGAGCAGAUUGAUUUAGCAAGUAGACGUGGUAGGAGAUCAGCUAUAAUUGACAACAAAAAUCUUAUUGGAGAAUCCGAAGUUGAAAAUCAAGACACUGUGAAUACAUCACAAAAUCCUAACAAGACGAUAAAUGAAGGUGGGCAAGAACGUCCACCAAUUGUCUCAUCAGUUAAUUCAUUCCGCGAGCGCCAAAGGAAGAUGCUACGAAAACAAAACACAAUAGCUGAUUUAAGCUCCCGAAAUCAGUUGGCAAGUCCUAGUCAAGAUUAUGAACUGAAAAGAAGAGCAAAUGUUUUCUUGAAAUUGAUUGAACGUGGCACACGCUCUAAAGAAUCACUUCUUGAUCUGAAUGAAGCAUUACAAUCACUCAAAUCGUCAUAUUUUCAUGACCAGUAUCUAGAAUCCUUUCGAGAUUCUCAUUGGUCUCACCUAGAUAAAAGUGGUGCUUCAGAAGAUCAUAUGCCAGACCGUGAAGUUAGACGAAGAGAAGCAGUAUGGGAGUUAUUCAAAAGUGAACUGACCUUUUUUAUUGAUCAUCUUAUGGUACUCAAAAAUUGUUUUAUGGAACCAUUGAAAAAGCUUCAGGUAGAUGGAUAUCUUAUGUUUGUUGAACCAAUGCAUUUGUUUGGGAACCUGGAUGAUCUGUGUUACGUUAGUCAUACAUUUUGUCGUGAACUUAUCAGCAAUUUGAGUCAAGAGUCGGUAACAAAUGAAUUUGGCAGUACAGAUGUCUUACUUCGACCAUUGAAAAGGUGGUCUGAGCAUUCUAGAGAUGGAGAAAUUUAUCACAAUUACUGUCUAAAUUAUGAUUCAGCGUUAACAUACUUGGACAGUUUAAGAAAAUUUGAACAUUUUAAUGAAUUCGAGAAGUGGUGUGAACAAGAUACACGUUGUCGACGAUUGCAAUUAACUGAUCUUCUUGUUGCACCAAUGCAACACUACAUGAAGAUACCAUUAAUGCUGAGCAGUAUACGACGCUAUACAGCAUGUAGUGCUGAACAAGAAAUGUUAACAGCAUGUUUAACGAAAGUUGAAAAUUCAUUAAAAUCACUGGAGGAUAAAAUGCGCUGGCUGAAAAAUUUUGAACGUCUUCAAGAGAUCCAGUCUCAACUGAUUUGGCCAUCAGUAUCAGAACUGGAACCAAGAGUGUUUAUCCCUGAAUUUCUACGUCAAAGUUUAGCACGCCAACCAUGUGAACGAUUGAUUGCAAAUCCUAAACGUCAGUUACUACAUGAAGGAUUCCUAACUCUGAACGAUGGAACUAAAACAAUUGAAAUAUUUGCAUUUCUGUUCGAUGAUUUUCUCUUAAUUACAAGAAUUAAAAAACCCCCAAAGAAGAAGUCAUUUUCAGAAAACCCAUUGGCUGGUCGUAGUAUAACUGAAGGUGGAGUAUUUGUUGUUUAUAGACAAGUAAUAGCACUUGAUCGUUUCACUAUACAUGAUUUGGGGAUUGUUGAGGCUACUGCUAAUGGUUUGAGGAAUGCAAUCGUUCUUGUCUUGAUAACGCGGUUUCAACAAAUCACAGGAGUUUACACAUUACAGGCAGCCAAUGAGUUGGAUAAGGAACGCAUGUCUUCGACCUCGGGAGAAGUGAUGUCACCUGUGAGAUUCUAACCCGUGUGACUCAGUGUUGUGGUCACUAACACUACCAUUGAGAUAUUCUAAACUGAACUGGAUACAUUGAUUGGUCACUGAAGGUAGUCGCAUUUCAAGCUUAAGUAGAUAACAUCUCCUUAAACAAGUGCAAAGAUGGAUUGAAAAACUCCGAAAUAGUCAACAAGCAUUUCAAGAAAAGUUAAAGCAUAAGCUUUACGGCAUCGAUGUGGAUCAACAUACAAAUAAACACAGUAAAUUAAUCAAUCAAAAACAUAAACUGACCAGUCAAACCUCUCUGGCUGAGGAGAGCCUUACUGCUAGUUUACAGUGUGAUAUAAUAGGUACUGAGAAGAAAUUACAAGAUUUAUCUGAUGUUUCUGAAUCAGACAGACAUGCAGACAUAAACAAUCCUAUUCGUAGUGAAAGUAGGUCAGAUUCAUCAUUGAGAAAGUUAACAGAGUCUAUGACAAAUGAGUCACAAUCAGUAAAUCAACAAAAACAAUCAGAAAAGCAACUUCAAUUAUGUGGUAAUUUAGAUGAGGCGACUACGAACUUAGAUGACACAAAACCAAGUUCUUAUCACGAGAUCAACAAUGCAUUAACGAACAGUGAGAUAGUCGUGGAAAUAUCGGACAAAGAUAAUCCAGAAAAUCAAAUAGAAGACAACUCCUACAGAAAUACAGAUUCCCCAUUUGAUGAAUGGGAGUUAACCAUAACUACUACUGUACCAUUCAGUGAUGUCUUGCUGCCACAUAGCAAAACACCAGAAUACAUAAUGAGAAACAGACAUAGUCUUGACCCAAAUAUUACUAAGUUAAGUAUACCAGAGCAAAGCAACGCUACAACUACAACUACUGUAUCUACUGAAGAUCCACCAAGUAUAGACUUACCCACUACUCCAACAAUGGAGAAACAAAUUGUAACACCUAUAUUUUCCCCACCAAGUUUAUUACUUUUUGAUCGUUUGUCUCAUCAAACAGAAUUUCCCUAUGAAAUGACUAGACAAACACAAUUCUCUCCACCACUAUCACCGAUACUCCAUGCACCAUGCGCAAGUCUACCUAUGGAGGUGACGGCGCAAAAUCUUUACGAUUUACCUGAUAGAAUGUUCAGUAAACUCCAUAUCACAGGAAAUCCUCCAAACACAAAUGCUGAGUUACAUGGUAAAAGGUCAUUAAAAGGUUUAUCAAUUUCACCUCCAUUGAAUCGAAAAAAUUAAUGGAACAAUCUUUCAACUUUAUAAAGAUUAAAAGAUUUUAGUUAUUAAAACUAUUUGAGUAGUUCAUAAAAUUCAGAGAUAUUCAAAGUCAGAUCUUCAAUAAUCAACAAUUCAAAUAUGAUUUGUUUAUCUACCAUGCAAUUAAACAAGAUUUAACUGAAAUCUAUCUAAUGAACAUUGAAACAAAUAUUUCCUACUGUUUAGAUAAAUCAACAAGAUAAAUAAUUCAUUGUGUACAGAGUAAAUAUACAUUUAUAAGUACAUAGAUUUAUGCAUAAUCAAUGAUUAUAUUGUUAUAUGAAAUUCUAUUUCAUUUUUAAUAAACAAAAUGAUGCUGACUACCUCCAGAUGUGUAUAACAAAUAAUUACACUUAUCUAUCAAACUUCAAAAUUCAGUAUGUAUUAAUUAGUCUACAAUAAUAAUAAUAAUAAGUUGACGUCUAGCAUACACCUGAAUGUUACACAUAUGUUGUCAUUAAACGUCAUGUCAUCUGUCCUGUUGACUGUGUUGACUCCGUCUAUUGACGCCAAACCAUAUCAUAAUGCAUUGUUAAGCGGUACAUACACAUACUUAAAGGUACACCAGUAGGUGUGUAUUCAUUCAUGACAGAAACUCAAAAUCAAAUUAUUGUUAAUUCCAAAUGUCUUUUCUAAAUAUUUUUCUUGAAGUAAACUCAUUCAUAAAAAGAUAUACAAAAAUCUUAUUAUUGUCAUCUUGUUAUAUAUUAGAGUAUUUCUGCUCAUUGUUGA